AUGGAGACGUGGCUGAAGGGGGAGAACGAAGCGGAGAUCCAGGUGAAGGUGUGCCCCAAAUGUAAGACGCCGAUAAUCAACACGCAGAGGUACAGCGAGUACCUGAAGAAGGCCAUGGUGGACAUCCAAAACGUGAAGAAGCGGCUGAACGGCAGCCCGGAAGCGAAUCGCGAGAUGAGGCUGCAAUUGUGGGCGAGAAUCUUGUUGUUGAAACACCAUCAUAUCAGCAAAUUCUCCAUAUUAUUCUCUUCUGCAUUGAAAGAAACAGAAUCCCGCCUAGAAGAAACCAAGUGGGACGUGGAGAGAGGUCGCGUCAGGCAAUCUUUCAACGCCGUCAUUUUGAACUCGAUAACUUCCAAAGUCCAAAUCCUGGAACACAUCGCCAAAAUUUUCGUUUCUGGGACAGACAGCCCAGAGGUCCAGGCCCAACUUUCUUUCAUCCUCGAUUGCAUACAGAGGAAUGAGGUGCAUGUGACCAAUCAAGAGAUAGACGACAUACAAAUGGAAAUUAGCAGAUUGAAGCGACGCAUUCUGUCGAUGUUCAAGAGGCCCAGCGUGACCCCGGCAGCUCGCAUCCAGCACAUAGAAAAACUGGUCAACACUCGCAACAGAUACACCAAAGCCAUCGAUGAAUCCGUCCAGGAGAUGAUGAAGACACUGGAAAGCGGCAUCAAGAUCAGCGAGUUCAAGUGUCCCAACGGGCAUCCCUACAUCAUCACGGAAUGCGGGGGAGCCAUGCAGGAGUACACUUGUCCAGAGGCGGGGUGCGGAGAGAAAAUCGGGGGCACGCAUCAUACGUUAAUCGGUACUAAUCAGCUGGCUUCGGAGAUGGACGGGGCUAGGUUUGCCGCUUGGUCAAAUAUGGCGAAUAAUUUGGGAAAUUACGAUAUACCGAUGUAG